UGCCAGUGACGUCUGAUGUCCCAGCCAAUGGCAUUGCCCACCGCUGCGCCGAAAGACGACUCCUGAGACCCCAGCAGCUACACGGCUAACGUAAGCUUGGUUUGCACUCUGCUGGCAGAGCCUGAACGGAGCGAUGCCUCCAGGCAGGUGGUAUGCUGUCCACCCAGCCAGGAUGAAGCCCCCAGCUUCAAGGGAACAAGGGCGUCUUCACAUGGUCAAGAAGGAAGAAGAGGAUGAAGGCUACACUUCCGCGCAGGCUGCCAGGCCCCAGACACUCAACCGUACCGGCCAGGAGCUGUUCCGGCAGCUCUUCAGGCAGCUUCGCUACCAUGAAUCUUCUGGGCCCCUGGAGACUUUGAGCCGGCUCCGGGAGCUCUGCCGCUGGUGGCUAAGGCCUGACGUUCUCUCCAAGGCCCAGAUCCUGGAGCUGCUGGUCCUGGAGCAGUUCCUGAGCAUCCUGCCCGGGGAGAUCCGGACUUGGGUGCAGCUGCAUCACCCCGAGAGUGGCGGGGAGGCUGUGGCCUUGGUGGAGGAGCUGCAGAGGGACAUCGAUGGGACACCAUGGAGGGACCCAGCCCUUGCCCAGAGCCCAGAUGUGCGUUGGAUGGGUACAGGAACCCUGCGAGCCUCACAGAUAUGGCCCCCUGCUUCACCUGUCAGGAGCAGCUCUACUCUUGGGGACCACCUGGAGCCUCCCUAUGAAAUAGGAGUGUGUGACUUCCUGGCUGGGCAACCCGAGCCUCCUGUUGCCCAGGCUCCUGCUCUUUGCCAAAGAGAGGGGUGCCCAGGAGACCUGUUGACAGCCCAGCCUCAGGAGGCUGUGACUUUCAAGGACGUGGAAGUGAUUUUCUCCCAGGAUGAGUGGGGAUGGCUGGACCCUGCUCAGAGGAACUUGUAUAGGGAUGUGAUGCUGGAGAAUUAUGGGAACAUGGUUUCUCUGGUGGGGCCAUUCACCAAACCCGUUCUGAUUUCCUGGUUGGAGGCAAGGGAGCCAUGGGGCCUGAAUGGCCAGGGAGCUUGGCCGAAGGCGAAAUCAGGUGUUGCGCCUGCAGGAGGUGAGCUCCAGAUGAAAACAAACAAGUGCAUCUUGAAGCGUGAACCUGUGGAAGAAGCAGAAACCUUUGCUGUGCCCUCGGAGUGUUGCGUGAGGAGUGUUUCUGGGGGAGCGGGGCUCAGAGGACCUUUUGAGAAGAGCAGGCCAAAGGAGCAGUGUGGGGGCCCCGUACAAACAAGGGUUAAGAAGGAGGAGACCAAGUCCAGGCACAGGACUGGAAAGGGACCUGAAGAGUCAGGAAGAAGUGCCAGUCUUCAUUUGAAACCUGCUGUGUAUUUGAGAGUCCCCAGGAGAAAGCGGUCCCUGCAGCGUGGCUGCGGCAGACACUUCAGAGCGGGCUCGUACCCCUCCGAGUACAGGGACUACGGGAACGGGCUCAGGCGCGUAGCCGGCGGGUGCAGCCUGCAUCAGAGACUUCAUGCUGGACUGAGAGGGAGCGCAAAGGACGUCCGUGGGAAGGACUUCGGCCUCAGCCCACGUCGCCGGUGUGGGCGGAAUCUGCCGGCGGCGGAGGCCCCGUACAGGUGCGGUCACUGUGGGAGGGCCUUCAGCCAUGUCUCUCAUCUUGCGUGUCACCAGAGACUUCACACUCAAGAGAAGCCAUUUAAAUGCAGGGUGUGUGGGAAAGCCUUCAGGUGGAGCUCCAACUGUGCGCGCCAUGAGAAGAUUCACACGGGGGUGAAGCCUCACAAGUGCAGCCUCUGUGACAGGGCUUUCAGACGCAUGUCUGCCUACCGUCUACACCAGGCAGCCCAUGCUAAGCGGCGGUCUCCAGAGCCCAGUCGCCAUGCGGACGCUCUCAGCUGCGGCUCAGGGUUUGAUCAUGGCUUGGGAGGCGCCAGCGGGGAGGAGCUUUUCGACUGCAGCCAGUGUAGGAAAUCAUUCCACUGUAAAUCGUAUGUCGUUGAGCAUCAAAGGGUCCACACUCAGGAGAAGCCUUAUAAGUGUACCAAAUGCGGGAAAACCUUCAGGUGGAGGUCAAACUUCACUCGUCAUUUGAGAAUGCACCGGGAAGAGAAGUUCUACGAUCAAGACCAGCGUAAGGACUUCAGACUGACCUCCAGCUGCGGUCAGCGCCAGGGCGCCCCUGCUCGGGAGAAAGCUUUUCUGUGUCAGCAGUGUGGGAAAACUUUCACCCGGAAGAAGUCUCUCGUGGAUCAUCAGAGGAUUCACACGGGCGAGAAGCCCUACAGAUGUAGUGAGUGCGGAAAAGACUUCACCCACCGGUCAGCCUUUAUUGCUCAUAAGAAGCAGCAUGCCUUUCAAAGCAGACCGGAGGACGGGCCGUCUUCUAGUCAGGACACAGUGCGCCCCGUCCCUCCGGGCAGGACGGAGGAGGCCUGCAAAUGCAGCCAGUGCGGCAAGGCCUUCCGCAACCACUCUUUCCUCCUCAUCCAUCAGAGAAUCCACACCAGAGAAAAGCCGUAUAAGUGCAGGGAAUGCGGGAAAGCUUUCAGAUGGAGUUCUAACCUCUCCCGACAUCAGAGGAGUCACGCUUUGGAAAAACAGUACAGAUGCCAUGAAAGUGAAAACACUGCAGACCCGCAGCCACAGAUCCCCACUGAGGAGAAACCUUUUCAGUGCCAAGAAUGUGGGAAGACUUUUACACGUAAAAGAAGUCUUUUAGAUCAUAAGGGAAUACAUAGUGGAGAGAAGCGCUAUAAAUGUGGUAUGUGUGGGAAAUCUUACGAUAGGAAAUACCGCCUUGUUAAUCAUCAGAGAAUCCACACUAAAGAGAGACCUUUUAAAUGUCAGUGUUGUGGGAAGGAUUUCAUCGGAAGACAUACCCUCCGCAUUCAUCAAAGAAAACACUCCAGAGUGGCACAGUCUGAAUGCAGCCUGGCGGGGCUAGCUUCCUGCCAGGGCACGAGGGUGAGCUUACAGGAAUUAAAACCAAGUGGGGAGAAGCCGCUUGAAGGUUCUGAGGAAGCUCGUGACCAGAGCCUCAGGCACGCUGGCCGCCAGAGCAUCCCCACUGGGAAAAAGUGCCACAAAUGUAGCACCUGUGGGAAAACUUUCAGCAAAAGCUCCCAGCUCAUUAGCCACAAGAGAUUCCAUACCCGAGAGAGGCCCUUCAAAUGCCGAGAGUGUGGGAAGACCUUCAGGUGGUCUUCAAAUUUGGCUCGGCAUAUGAAAAACCAUGUUAGAGAUUAGCUUGGGGU